GUUAGAGAAUAACUUCGACAUGCCUUGUCUUGGUCCAAGUGUCCAUCGCGCUUCGGCUCACCCUCUACAGUAAAAAAACUUCUGGGCUCCGUGAUAUCAUUCCAGUCUAAGCCCUUGAAUAUAGCUUUGAUAAAUUGCGACUCGUUCCAUACAGAAAAUGCUGACCAAUCAGUUCUUGAUAAAGACGAAGAAUUCACCGUCAUUCCGCGUGGUCGACUUAGUGAAGCCACUUGUGUAAUAAAGGAGCAUAUAAUAAGUCAAACAAACUCCUCGUCUGAACAAAUGCGAUGUCUCUGCUAGAGAUUGACUGAGGAUUCUCUAAUCAGCAGCCUUUGCAAUGAGCUGAUAAUCAUGAUGGUCAAGAAAUGGAGUAAACCAAUGGUUUGGGUAAUCUCUUUCGCUUGUAGACCAUCUCCUAUGCACUGUCCCCAUUGGUGCCUGCUAUUAUUAUAUAUAAAUUAGAACGUAACCUUUCCAUUUCCAUCUCAAAUAGGUCCAUGUAAUUAAUAUAGGGAUGGACCAUUCGAGAAUUUGUCGAUUUGAGGCACUCGAUUGACUAAUCCAAAGGUCCGCAAAAGCAACUUCUAUAUAUAUCAAUAUCUUCUUUCUCAGCUGCAGCAACCAAUAGAUUCUUUCAAACCAUGAAGUGGAUUUUCUGGUGCUGGCUUUCUUUGGUCCUGGUACAGUUAAACGAUUACCAAUGCUUUGGUUGCCAUGAGGAAGAGAGGCUUGCUCUUUUGAAACUCAAAACAUCUUUCUAUCCGGACGAGAGCUAUGCUCCUCCAUCUUGGGAGGAUAAUGAUAGUGACUGUUGUGGUUGGGAAAACGUGGUGUGUGACAAAGAAACGAAACAAGUAAGUAAGCUUUUUCUUAACAGCUCAUGGGAUCCCCUUGAAGUAUAUGAAGAUGUGUAUCUGGAUGCCACCCUUUUUCUUCCAUUUAAGGAUCUGACUUCCCUAAACUUGUCUUCAAACAUGUUUUCUGGUUUGGCUGAUAAUGAUGGCUUUGAAAGAUUGUCUAAACUGAACAAGUUGAGAUUCCUUGAUUUGAGCGGGGGCAACUUUAAUGACAGCAUCUUUGCACAUGUUGGAGCAAUCUCUUCACUUACUACUUUGUAUUUGGCUUCGAACUUAAUGACCGGAGCGACUCAUUUCCAAGAACUGCCUGCUCUGUCUAACUUGGAGGAGUUGGACUUGAGUGAGAAUUUGUUAGAAAGCUUCAUGGAGAUUCAAGGUCUUAAAAAAUUGAGCAAACUGAAAGUCCUGAACCUAAACUCAAAUAAGCUCAACAUGAGUACUUUACUGUCUCUCGGGAAUCUCCAUUCGCUCAAGAGGCUUUAUAUCAACGAUAAUAGCUUGGAAGGAUCCAUUGCUAUUGAAGGACUUAACAGUUUGAGAAACUUGGAGGUCUUGGAUGUCUCUUCCAGUAAUAUUAGCAGCAACUUUCUUCAGGUUUUAGACUACAUGAUAUCCCUUAAAGGCUUAUCCUUGCGUGAUAAUAGUCUCAAUGGCACCACGGAUUUGCUUGGCUUGUGCAAACUUAGGGAUCUUGAAGAGUUGGAUCUCAGUCAUAACAGUUUCAAAGGCACAAUCCCUUCCUGUGUUGAAACCUUGACAUCCCUUCGAGUUCUGGAUAUCUCUAGAAACAGGUUUUCGGGGAACAUCAGUUCAUCUUUCAUCUCUAGCCUCAUUUCCCUUGAGUUUCUUUCCCUUUCUCACAAUGUAUUCCAAAGUUUGGCCCCAUUUUCCUCAUUUGCUAACCAUUCUAAGCUUGAGGUCUUUGAGCUUAUCGGUAAUAACAAUGGGUUAAUGGUUGAAAUCGAUGAUCAUAAUUGGGUUCCACGCUUCCAACUGAAGAUCUUCCGUCUUUCAGGCUGUUCAGUUGAUGAAGGAUCCAUGUUCAAAUUUCUUUCUUACCAAUAUGAUCUUAGAGUGAUUGAUCUCUCUGAUAACAACUUGGAAGGAGAUUUCCCUAAUUGGUUGAUGGAGAAUAAUACAAGAAUGGUAGAGCUAUAUUUGAAAAAUAAUUCUUUCAAAGGCCAAUUUCCUCUUCCAUCUCGUCCUAGCACAUUCAUCUCCGUUGUUGAUAUUUCCAGCAAUCAGCUUCAAGGACAUAUCCCAUCCACCAUAAGUGUCUAUCUCCCAAAUCUGAAAUAUCUGAAUCUCUCAACGAAUUCCUUCAAAGGUAGCAUUCCUUCUUCAUUCGGUGAUAUGAAAAAUCUGCUCGUUUUGGACCUGUCAAACAAUGAACUCUUGGGAGGCAUACCUGAUAGCUUGGUCUCUGGCUGCAUUCUUUUGCAUGCUCUAAUAUUGUCAAACAAUAAUCUUAGUGGCGAAAUGUUUCCAAAGUUUUCUAAUCUAACCAGCUUAGAAAUACUGCGUUUGAAUGGGAAUCUCUUUCUUGGAGAAAUCCCAGAGAGUUUGCUCAACAGCUCAUACUUGAAGAGUCUAGAUGUUAGUUAUAACUCCUUAUCAAGUAAGCUGCCAACUUGGAUGGGAAAUUUGACUUAUCUGCAAACACUUUUGAUGGCCGGCAAUCAUCUUGAAGGACCGAUUCCCACUGAGUUUUGUUCAUAUGAGAACAUUGAAAUUCUUGAUCUUUCGCAAAACAAUCUCUCAGGCUCUAUCCCUUCUUGCUUUAGCCCAAUAUCCCUUCUCCAGGUAUACCUGCAUGACAACAAGUUCACAGGACCAAUAACAAAAUCCUUCUCUCAAAGCUCACUUUUGGUGACUUUAGACCUCAGAAACAACUACUUGACCGGAGGUAUUCCCAGUUGGAUUUCCAAUCUCAGUUUGAGCAUUCUUCUUCUGAAAGAAAACCAGUUGGAAGGAAGAAUCCCUGUUGAGUUGUGUCAGUCAUCCUUGAUGACUAUGCUAGAUCUUUCUCACAACAAUCUCUCAGGUCCUAUUCCUUCUUGCUUGAACAAGAUACCAUUCAAAAUAGGGUUUCGUUCGGGAAAAUUUCGUAUAGCUGUUUCUCUGGAUGGUGAUCUACAGUUGUCAGCCUAUUCAUAUCAAGGCAGCUAUAUAGAGUUACUUCAAAUACCUUCCUAUGCUAAACCUGCAUAUUAUGAAAUAUCCUCUGUUGAGUUCACAACCAAGAACAGGUCUGACUUCUACAGGAACAACUUUUUAUACAACAUGACUGGAAUUGAUCUCUCCUGGAACAAAUUGACAGGCAGAAUACCACCUGAAAUAGGGGAGCUAAAGCUAAUCCGUGCACUAGAUCUUUCACAUAAUGAAUUGAAUGGUUCAAUUCCAACAACCUUUUCGGGCCUAAAGAACAUAGAAAGCUUGGACCUUUCUCACAACAAGUUGACAGGAGCAAUUCCUCAACAGCUUACUGAGCUGACUGCGCUGGGAUAUUUCUCUGUUGCUUACAACAAUUUAUCUGGUAAAAUACCUGAUAAAGCGCAGUUUGGUGCUUUCGUGGAAAAUAGCUAUGAGGGAAAUUCUUUUCUUUGCGGGCCAACGUUGAAGAAAGACUGUAACCCAACUCCGGAACAAUCACCUGCGGGUCAUGAGGAGGGAGAGAACAGCUUUAUGGAGAUGCUGGCUUUUUACUUGAGUUUUCUUGUGGCUUACGUAACAGUGGUGGUGGUACUUACUGCUACUCUUUACAUCAACAUGGAUUGGAGAAACAAGUGGUUUCAUCUAGUUGAUGCCUGUAUCACUACUUGUCUUUGUAAGUUGACCAAUCAAAAUGAUUAGAAUUUCAUCAUUGUUUGAAAUAAAAUGCAGAGGGAAGCUGAAGGCAUGCAACAAUGUUCCAGCAAAUCACAGAGCCAAAUGAGUAAAAUCCCAUGAUAAAAAACUUUUGGUGAUUGAAGCAUAAUUAGAUACUAAACUUACAUUUUUUUUCUUGUUAAAAACAAGAGAGAAUUUUUAGAGAAGCAAAGAAGUAAGGGUAUGUCAGAGAUUGUCAUCCAAAUCAACUCAAACUUAUAUUUGUAAAAAGGUUUUUUUGUUGAGGUGAGAAAGUGUCGUAAACAAGUAAAGUAUGAUGUGUUGGGAGAUAACGGAGAAAAAUAUUAGAACAAACUUUAAAGUAUUAAUUACAGGAAUAGAGGGUGAUAGCUGGUAAAUGAAGGAUGGUAGAGAAGAAAAUGAGAUUGAAAAAAUGAUUUAGAAAGAGAAUAUGUGUUAUAUAUUGAGUGUUGAACGAGAAUAAUGAUAAAUAAUGAAAGAAUUGAUUGUGACAAAAGAUAUUGAUAUAUUGUUUAAUGAAAGUGUAAUUUACUUUUUUAUGAUAGACAUAAUAUUAUAAAAGUUUA